AUGGAUGCUAGACCUGCCUACGAGGGGACUCUCGACGAGUCCCGCUUAUUUGCGAAGCUUCCGAAUGAGAUUGCGGAACUCAUUCACACAGCUUCUGGGACUCAGUACCUGAAUGCGCUUGCGGUUGGCGCAUUGAGGUCCGGAUGCACAGAAGGCUUCUUUUGCCUCUACGAACCGAUCUUUGUCGAUUUGGCAGCACGGUGGCUUUUAUCAGACUCCCAACUGGAUCAAGCGGAUGUCCUUUCCGCAUUUUCUCGAGUUUUACCAUUUGCGCCAAAUCUCCGACCAUUUGCAAGCCAAUAUGCCAUUGCUCGGGCUGGACCUUUAUCGGCUUUGGCUGCGUGUGAUGAGCUAACCCUUUCACAAAUAAACGAUGCCACCAUUCGAAGUCUUUUGUUAGCGAUCUUUAGGCUUCUUUCUUACGAUGCGGAAGUCUUCUCGCAAGCCGUAUCGCCGUCUCAGCUCCAAUCGCUCUUCCGACACCGUGACCGAUCCGUUAAAUACCUUUCCAUACGAUGCUUUGCCCUUUACAUGCGUGCAGCGGACGCUGCUUUGGAGGACUUAAUUAGACGCCAUUUUGCAGAUGAGAUUAUUGAGGGCGAAUGGGAGGGUACCACAAUCGACUAUCGGUGUCUUGGUUUGUGGGAAGAACGUCGAUGGAACACUCUAGACAAGCAGGUCCAGCUUGCCAGGUCGAACAGGUCUACUUCCGAUUCCCUUUCGCAGAUUGAGAAGCUGCGAGAGUAUUUCACCUCUAGAACCGCCGAAGUCUGCGGGGGUUUGAUCCCGCGGCAGAACAAUACCUCUCCUCAACCGUCCUCGAUCGUGAAAACGCCGACCGCCGUGAGAAACCUGCGGAAAAUUGCGACCGCACUGAGCUCUGCUAGUCCUAUGUUGCUAGUAGGUCUGCCAAACUCGGGGAAGACAACGCUGAUAAACGACGUCGCUGCGACAAUGGGUCAGGCGGAGACGAUGGUCACGCUACAUUUGAAUGAACAGACCGAUGCAAAGAGUCUACUGGGAAUGUAUUCAACCUCACCAGCUACGGGCUCUUUCGCCUGGCAACCUGGCGUCCUGACGAAGGCGGCGAGGGAAGGCCGUUGGAUUUUGAUCGAAGAUCUAGAUCGUGCACCUUCCGAAGUCAUCGGCCUUAUUCUUCCCAUAAUCGAGCGAGGGGAGUUGACCAUAGCCAGCAGGAAGGAACGCAUAAAGUGCGCAGAAGGAUUCAAGAUCAUUGCGACUAUGAAGUCCUCAUACAACAUUGCAGGUGAAGAAAUUGCUCCAAGUACCACUAUUCUAGGAAGCAGGUUGUGGCAACGAGUGCAAAUUGACUCCCUCACAAUCGAUGAGAUUCGAGAGGUUAUCACGCAGAAAUACCCUCUCUUGGAAUCUCGGGUCGCCACCGUCAUGGAUGUUUACCAGAGACUUUGCGCCUCGUUCCAUGGAAGCUUGGCUAUCAAAAGCUCUCAGGGACGAACUCCGGGUCUUCGUGAUCUGAUCAAGCUCUGUAGCCGAAUGCAUAGACGGCUUCAACGCUUGGGAGCAAAGACUGGUUACGAAGCAACACCGGAGGGUGCCGAGGACGAGAUAUUCCUUGAUGUCGUGGAUGUAUUCCUGAAAUACAUCCCCGAGAAGACACUGGCAGAUUCCCUCGCUUCAGUUGUUGCUGAGGCCCUGCAAAUCUCUCCACAGCGCGCGCGCUUCUGUCUUCAUGAGAGAACGCCCACAUAUUCAGACCAAGGCAACAAUCUCACUCUUGGAAGAGAAACAUGUCGCAAGAUCAAGCAAGUUGCUGCUGCUGUACAGAUGGCUGAGCCUGUUCUUCUUGUCGGAGAGACGGGUAUCGGUAAGACCACUGUCAUUCAACAGCUUGCUACAUUGAUGCGACAAAAGCUCACAGUGGUCAAUCUGUCUCAGCAGAGUGAAAGCACUGAUCUGCUCGGCGGUUUCAAGCCAGUCAACAUUCGCACAAUGGCUGUACCGAUGCAUGAUGAGUUUGCUUCCCUAUUUGAAUUGACAUUCUCGGCAAAGAAGAAUCAAAAGUUCCUUCAUUCAGUCACCAAGAGUGUUACCGCAGGAAACUGGCCUCGUCUAGUAAACCUUUGGCAUGAAGCUGUCCGGUUGGCUGAUGGAGUUUUUAAGCCCGGCCAGGGCUCUCAAGGUGCCGAAGAACAACCGGCGAAGAAGAGAAAGUUAGACUCACCAAAGUAUCAACUUUUGCGGCAAAGAUGGGACAGAUUCGCAGCACAGCUCAACGAUUUCGAGUCGCAGGUAUCUCAAGGAGACGCAAAGUUUGCAUUUGCGUUUGUUCAAGGAAAAAUCGUUCGAGCACUACGUAACGGCGAAUGGGUUCUUCUUGACGAGGUUAAUCUGGCAUCACCAGACACUCUUGAGAACAUUGCCAGUCUUUUGCACCAUGGUAGCGAGGGCUCACCAUCAGUCUUGCUCUCCGAAGCGGGUGACGUGGAACGCGUCUUUGGACAUCCCGAUUUCCGUAUCUUUGGGGCAAUGAAUCCUGCAACUGAUGCGGGCAAGAAGGACCUACCUCCUGGUCUGCGCUCGAGAUUUACAGAAUUCUAUGUCCAAUCACCGGACAGCGAUUUGGAUGACUUGCUCUCUUUAAUCCAGAAGUACCUUGGUGAUCUGGCGUUGACUGAUGCCCGAGCAGUUCCGGACCUUGGACAACUCUACAUGGAAGCUAAGAGACUGGGGAACGAGAACAAGCUCACCGAUGGUGCUGGACAACGCCCGCACUUCAGUAUCAGAACACUCGUUAGAGCGCUCGUAUACGUCACCGAUCAUGCACAUAUCUAUGGCUUGCGCCGAGCAAUCUAUGAGGGAUUCUCGAUGAGUUUUCUGACCGUUCUUAGCCAAGAGUCGGAGAGAUUAUUAGCACCUUUGCUCGAGAAGCACAUCUUCAGCAACGUCAAGAAUUCCAGAGCACUCCUGGGCCAGACACCCAAACCACCUAAUGAUGGAAAUGACUACGUGCAAUUCAAACAUUAUUGGAUGCGUCGUGGUCACUUAACGCCCGAAGAACAACCUCACUACAUCAUCACACCUUUCAUCGAGAAGAACUUGAAGAAUUUAGUGAGAGCAAGCUCUACGCGCAGAUUUCCCGUGUUACUGCAGGGUCCAACCUCUGCUGGUAAAACUAGUAUGAUUGAAUUUCUUGCCAAGGUUUCAGGAAACCAGUUCGUGCGUAUCAACAACCACGAACAUACCGAUCUUCAAGAGUACCUAGGAACUUAUGUCUCCAGCGACGAUGGUACACUUCGCUAUCAGGAGGGUGUAUUGGUAGAGGCUCUCAGAAACGGUUACUGGAUUGUUCUUGAUGAGUUGAACCUGGCGCCUUCCGACGUCCUGGAAGCAUUGAACCGGUUGUUGGACGAUAAUCGUGAGCUCUUCAUCCCAGAAACUCAAGAAGUGGUACGCCCGCAUCCCAACUUCAUGUUGUUUGCCACACAGAAUCCCGCCGGUCUCUACGGUGGUCGCAAGGUGCUGUCCCGCGCUUUCCGGAAUCGGUUCUUGGAGCUACAUUUCGACGACAUUCCAGAAAGCGAACUGGAAUAUAUCUUGAAAGAGCGCUCACAAAUUGCCCCGUCCUUCUGUACUCGGAUAGUGUCGGUAUACCGGAAACUCUCCUUGUUACGGCAAGCAAAUCGACUAUUUGAACAGAAGAACAGCUUUGCAACUCUUCGCGAUCUAUUCCGAUGGGCGCUUCGCCGAGCUGACGAUCGAGAGCAAUUGGCGAUUAAUGGAUUUAUGCUGCUCGCAGAGCGAGUGCGCAAUCCUCAGGAGAGGGCCGCAGUCAAGAGCGUGAUCGAGGAGGUCAUGAAGGUCCGCAUCGAUGAAGAUGUCAUUUAUAGUGCCUCGGAGAUGGACAAACGCGUCCCUAGUCUCGCACAGCUCGCACCAGGAAUUGUGUGGACCAAGGCAAUGCGAAGACUUUUCGUCCUUGUUUCGACCGCCCUCGAGAACAACGAACCUAUUCUGCUUGUGGGUGAGACUGGAUGUGGUAAAACUCAGCUAUGCCAAGCAGUUGCAGAAAUUUGCCGAAAGCAGCUCUAUAUCAUUAAUGCACAUGUGAACCUGGAGACGGGUGACCUUAUAGGUGCUCAGAGACCAGUUAGAAAUAGGGCAGCCAUCGAAAGUCAGCUACACAGUGACCUACAUACUAUAUUCUCGCAGGAUGCUGGUGCUCAAUUGGCGUCCAUCGACGACUUAAAACAAGCCUUCGGUGCGCUUAGCGCAGACCAGCUGCAAGCGCUGGAUCCUGAGAUGAGAGUGCGGGUUGAAAAGAAUCUCGCUCGGUUGAAUGCCUUGUUUGAAUGGUCUGAUGGAAGUCUGAUCACGGCUAUGAAAACGGGACAAUUCUUCCUCCUCGAUGAAAUUUCCCUCGCCGACGACUCCGUCUUGGAGAGGUUGAACAGUGUUUUGGAGCCUCAUCGCUCCAUUCUUCUUGCGGAAAAAGGUCCUAUUGACUCCAUGGUAGUUGCCCAUGAGGGUUUCCAGUUCCUGUCCACUAUGAAUCCUGGAGGUGACUACGGAAAGCGCGAGCUUUCUGCCGCUCUUCGCAACCGUAUGACUGAAAUCUGGGCUCCUCAGCUUUCCGAAGACGAGGAUAUCCUACCUAUCCUCCGGAUGAAGCUUGAGUUGGAAACGGAGCACGUUCCUAGAGCAAUGCUGCAGUUUGCCAAGUGGUUCAAGACGACAUUCCAGAACUCCACGACUUCGUCGCUUUCCAUUCGUGAUCUCCUCGGUUGGGUCGAAUUCGUCAACAGGUGUCAGAGUUCGGAUCCCAUAUUCGCAAUAGUGCAGGGUGCUGCAAUGGUGUUCAUCGAUACCUUGGGCGCUAACCCUGCAGCAAUCCUCGCAACGGCACUGCAUAAUCUCGAAGGCAACCGGCAGUUGUGUCUGGACAAACUGCAAGAGCUUUUCGACGUUGAUGCUUUCAGCAUCUACUCGCAGGAGUCGACUAUUGACACGGAAGGCACCUUCCUACGUGUUGGACCUUUCAACCUCCUUAUGAAUGAACAAGGAAGACCUGACCCUGAAUUCAUCAUGGAUGCGCCUACUACUAUUGGCAACUCAGUGAGAAUUGCUCGAGGAUUGCAACUCGCCAAGCCCAUCCUUCUGGAGGGCAGCCCAGGUGUUGGGAAGACAACCUUGGUGACUGCGCUCGCUAAGGCUCUCGGAAAGCCACUCACUCGGAUUAAUCUCUCCGAACAAACGGAUUUGACGGAUCUUUUUGGUUCUGAUGUUCCAGUGGAAGGAGGCGACGUUGGUCAGUUUGCUUGGCGUGACGCACCGUUCCUGCAAGCAAUGCAACGUGGUGACUGGGUUCUUCUCGAUGAGAUGAACUUGGCAUCUCAAUCUGUUCUUGAGGGAUUGAACGCCUGCUUGGAUCACCGUCAGAUGGUCUAUGUUGCUGAACUUGAUCAAACCUUCAAAAGACACCCCAACUUUGUCCUCUUCGCUGCACAGAACCCCCAUCAUCAGGGUGGUGGUCGAAAGGGUCUUCCCGCUUCUUUUGUCAACCGGUUUACUGUGGUGUAUGCCGAUAGCUUCACUGAUACUGACUUAAGGCGAAUCUGCGCCAAGCUCUUCCCUGGAAGUCCUGUCAGCCAGACCGACAAGCUCGUUGAGUUUGUCUCUCUGCUAAACAAGGCUAUCCAAGAGCGAAGACUGGGCGCUUUGGGCGGUCCUUGGGAGGUUAACCUGCGAGACAUCCAGAGGUGGCUUCAAUUAGCCGAUCGAGGAAACCUGCAGGUUCCUGCCGUCCAUUUCUUGGAUGUUAUCAUUUCUCAGCGAUUCAGAAGUGAGGAAGACCGUAGCGUGGUGUCACAGCUGUUUAAACAGGUGUUUGGAGAGGCUUUGACGGCCCCGAAAAGCUACUACCAUAACCUUACACCAGGCUACAUGCAGGUUGGGCUUGGCUUCAUGCAGCGAGACUCUCUCUUGCAACAAACUUCGGAUCCACAAAUGCAGAUUCUUCCGGGAGACUUGUCGAUUCUGGAAUCGCUGAUGUUGUGUGUCGAACAAUCCUGGCCGAGCAUUUUGGUGGGAUCGUCUGGCUGCGGCAAGACAACCCUUAUCAGAAAGCUCGCGGCGCUGAACGGUGCUAGUUUGGUCGAAUUGGCGCUGAGCGCUGAUACAGACACUAUGGACCUCGUCGGUGGAUUUGAGCAGAUAGAUUAUAAGAGGGAAGUAUCGUCUUUACUGCAGGAAGUUUCGCGGUAUCUCCAGCGCGAACUUAUUUCUGCUUAUGCCUCGAGCGACAAUGCCAACAUGUCAUUGACCCCAUUGCAGCUCUAUGAGAGUCUACAGAGCCCGGAGGCCUCGCUAGGGAGUGUGGUCGUUUCACUUGUGAAGCUAUAUGAGUCUUUCCCUCAAUCAGCUCUCGAGGAUUAUGUCACUCGGGCUCAGCGCUUGUUGAGCAUCUCUGAAAAGGUUGACAAAAUGAAAGUCGGAUUCGAGUGGACAGAGGGUGUCUUGACACAAGCAGUUCAGAACGGACAAUGGGUUGUCCUUGACAACGCCAACCUCUGCAAUCCAUCAGUCCUUGACAGACUGAAUUCGUUGACAGAACCCAACGGAACCCUCAUUCUCAACGAACAACGUACAGAAGAUGGAAGCGCUCGCAUUAUACGGCCGCACCCCAACUUUAGGCUCUUCUUGACCAUGGACGCCCGCCAUGGAGAGCUCUCUCGGGCGAUGCGGAAUCGUUGUGUUGAGAUCUCAUUCUUGCCUCAGGAAGAUCUAAGCUUCAGUGUCUCAUCUGUGCCUGCUUACACCUGCCAGUCCUCAUUGUACCGUUUGCGGUCCCUGUGGAACCUUGACCUUGUCAUGGCUCCUCAAGGUGAUGAAUCUGUUCCUCUGCUGCAUGAAGCAUGCUUGGAUCAUCUCUCGAUUGCCGAUUUAUCAUACCUCCAGCGCGUACAGGGGCUACUCCCCUUAUAUUCCUCGAUCAAUGCGGACGAUCCACUUCUGGCAGCUCUGCAGAGAUACUUCUCCGUCGUACACGACAAUUCGUCAUGCAAACCCUUCGACUGCAUUAAAGCGGAAUUUACAAUUGGGUUUGCCUCGAUUGCUGCGCAGGGCAUCUACCAACCGCUCCAUCCCCUCGUGAACGAGCCUCUUGCAUCAAUCAUGCACCAAAAUGUCCCUCUCGCCUGGCUCGUGGUCCUGGCACAUCUACAAGAGUCCAAGCUUGACUUGCAGUGCCUGAGGCAAGGCUUGUUGCGAGCAAAUGAAUCGGGAAAGCUCCUCAAGCCCAGUCAGAUGACUCGCUUGGAGCGGUCUCUUGCCUCUGGACGCAUUCCUUCCUUGAUGAAAGAUGCAACUCAGCCAGUUGGCUCUUUCUUAUCCGACUGCGGCCAAGCAGUUUACGAUUUUAUCCAGAGCCUAGACCACAAUGUCUUGCAGGUCUCCGAUAUGGUUCCCGCACUUCGUGCGAUUAUCAACUUCUGCUCUGACGUUUACCAAUUAACAAUGGCAAUUGAGAUCGACCAGGGCGAGUUCCAGAUCUACCUCCAGCUUGGAAGAGAGUUGUCUGCCUCAUUGCUUGAUGCAGGGGCCCCAUUAAGACCGCUGGGCCUGGCAUUUUCUCAAGCUCUUAGCCGUUUCCAUGAGAACUGGGCGCUGACCACGGGGUUAAGCAUGCAGAGGCUUUGGGAGUCGUGGAGACCAGCCACCUCUGCGACUCAGGACCAAUUGAAGACUCUCUUGGAGCUAGAGAAAGUUGCCCUUGAAUUUACCCAAGUUGCUACCAAGACACAUCUGGACUUGUCUCAGUUGAGUCAGGUGCGCAAAUCGUUGAUUGCUGGUCAAGAAGCCAUUCUGUCAAGCGGUAUCGAGGGAUACCCAAUUCAGGAUCUACGACAAACCGUUAUCGAUCUCGCAGCCUCUGUGCCAGAUGCUGAUGCACUGCAAAAGCCUUACUUUUCUACUGAAUUCGAGGUGUUGUGUCAAUACCAUGAUCUUUCUUCACUCCGUAAUGGCCAGACCAUUGAUGAUCAAGUUGUGCAAUCAAUUUUGCCGCUACUCGCUGGACGUCCUGCCAGACCCCUUGAUAACUCGAGUUUGAAGACUCAAAUUCCUGCCAUCUUGAACAAGCUCUCUUUGUUCUCAGGAAGUGAACCUUCGUCGGCUUUCGGCUCAGCUGCCAGUGGAACCUUGGCUCUGUCGCUCUUGGAAAGAUUGACUUUCGUUGGUACCACAAGCCUAGGUCAGAUGAAUGCUUUGGAGAUGGAGAAGAAGACACUAUCGAGGGCUUUGGCUCUAACAAGUGGCGAGCUUGCCAUGGAUCAAGUCAUGUUCCUUCGACAGGCAAUGGCAAGAUUGACCGCUGAGCUUGUCCUGCUUCACAAGGACUUCUUCGAACCGCAAUCUCUGGAGCAGGUUGUUUCCCUCCUCCAUGGGGUUCAGUCCGAGGGAUCACACAAGAGCUCUUCUCUGCCGCGAAUCCAAAUUGCCUCCACCUUGCCAGAAGAUCACUACUUUAGAGGCUUUGCUCAAGGACAGCUUCCACGGGUACUCUCCUCCUUGAUGACUGAGCAGGUGGAUAGCACGGGUGCUGGAAUCGUUCAACUGGCUGUCAUCUUCCUACAGCUUUUUGUUCCAGAUAAGCCAUUCGAUCCCUCGCUCGGCUUGGUUGUACAAAGAAAGAGGCAUUCCCAGCGCUCAAUGGAGCUCACGGCAAGAAGCAAGGCUAUCUCGUCAUUCGAGGCUGGCUUCUCAGGACAAUCGUCGAACUUGCGGCAGGAAAUCAUACAGGAGGAAUUGCGCAAUCUUGGUUCCGCACCUCCUCCUCCUUCUGUCACCAGACCUCAAAAUUCCGAGCUUAAUAUCCUCCAUGGUGAAUUCUCAAGUCUUGUGAGAUCAGUCCUCGAGCGACACCCGGAAAACCUCAGUUUCGCGGGAGACGAGAGCGACGCGGAGUCUCAGCGGAUGGUUGAGCUUAUCCGUGAAAAUAUUCGCCAGCUCAGUAGACGCCUCACUACGAACUACCGCUCCUACGAUGAUAUCACAAUUCUGGUGGUCCGGUUCUUGCAGCUUCUCGACUUGGGUCUUUUCCUUUCUUCAAGCAGGUCCCGUCAAACAAGUGACGUGCAAAUCAUCAAGGUCAUCAGGGAGACCACUCCAUUCCUGGGCGGCGUCGUCCACCCGAUCUCCGGAAGCAGCCAGCAAGAAUCUCACUUCGAAUCUAGCUUGAACACUGAUCUGUGGUUCCAUGAAUUGUCGGCGCUCAGAGUGGCUGAGAACGCGGACAAGGGACUGGUCUCUACCCGGAACGGUCGCGACACUCUUCGUCGUCUGUUCGAACAGUUCCAUGCACUGUGGAAAGUCAAGCUGCGAGAGGACCAAGAGGAAGAAGCUCGGAAGAACGAACUGUACCAUUACAAGGGGUCUUGGGAGGAUGCCGAGGAAGUCGACGAGAACGAGCUACGUCAACUCUUCCCAACGUAUGAUGAGAACGCAGAGGAAGAAGGCAAGGUAUCUAGCCGCGUCGAUCCCAAAGCAAUCUCCGUCCGACUUGCCUCUCUGCACGCUCAGCUCUUCAAUUCCGAGAACCAAGCAGAAGUAUUAUCAGCAUACGUCAAGCAAUCGUCCCUGUUGUUGGGAACCCUGUGGUCCGAUAAUAGCUCGUCGGUCAUGGAGGGACAGCCCAAAGAGCAACUUUCUGGUAUUCUUCUUCUCCUUGAGGAUGCUCUGAAAUCAGGCGAAGUAGCGUCUGGCAGGAAUUAUAACUUCUAUGUGGAUUCAAACUUGGUCGAGGCUAAGAAGCUUGUUGACCUGACCUUGUCGACCAAGGCCAGGUUCAGCCAAAUCCAGAAAUCCUGGCCAGACCACGCAGUCCUUGCAGAUGUCAUUCAAUGCUGCAGAGAGAUCCUCCAGUUCAAGCACACCGAGCCUGUCGCCAAAUUUCUUACCAAGGUAGAGAAGCUUCAUGGCCUUGUCUACGAAUGGCAAUUAGUUGCAAGCAGGGAAUACUCCGCAGCUUCUCUGUAUGAUGAGAUAACCGGUACCAUCAUUGGCUGGCGGCGCCUCGAAUUGACUACCUGGGCGAAGCUCUUGGAUCUGGAGAACGACAAAUGUACCCAGGAUGUUAGCUCGUGGUGGUUCAUCACUUACGAGGCUCUGAUUCGGGCUCCCAUCCAGAUCGCUGAAUCUGGUGAUAUGGAAUUGAAGGACCACAUCCAAGAAGUCACUGCCACUCUGGAACAGUUCUUCCGCUCCACUACUGUUGGCCAGUACAGCGAGCGUCUCCGAUUGAUCAAGAACUUCCAGUCUUUGCUGUCGCUCUAUGUGGAAGAUCUUCCGUCGCUCAGUCAACUGACGUCUGCUCUGGAAAACUUCCUACAGCGCUACAGACAGUUUGAGCCUCCCGUGCUUAAGCUGUUGGCAGAGAAGAGACAGGCACUCGAGAAGAACAUCAAGGAACAGAUUCAGCUGGCCAGCUGGAAAGAUACCAACAUUGUCGCGCUCCGAGAAAGUGCCAAGCGGUCACACGUCAAGCUCUUCAAGUUGGUCCGAAAGUAUAGAGAGGCUUUGGCCCAGCCGGCCCAACCCAUCUUGGAGCAAGAUAUGCCGGAGGAUAGUGAGGAUACAGCUGCUCCUCAACAUGGUCUGGUGCUUCCUUCGUUCGUCUUUCCCGAAGCCUUAGCGAUGUGUCAAACCGAGGAGAAGGCCUGGAUUGAUAGACCACCUCGUUUCAAGAACCCCGACAACACUGCUAGCAGCAUGAUGCAGGUGUAUGGCUCGAUCUCUAAGGAGUUUGAUGUCGCCGAAGAUCUCGACAUUUUCGUCAAAUAUGUCGUCGAAAGCAUUAAGGAGUUCAAAUCGCAGACCCCGAAGACCUUGACGGAAGAAAACAAAGAUGAUGUCCAGCACCUCAAGGUUCAGAAGCGUCGUUUCUAUGCUGACACACUGCACCGGAUCUAUGAAAUGGGUGUGAAGCGCAACGUUAACACCAGUCUGAUCGAAGCCCAGGCAUCUGUUCCUCAAGUCCUUGCCACUAUCCCGGCAUUCGAGGCUGGAAUCGCCGACGCACAGUUGCUCAGAAAGGCAGACUCGUACUUCCACAGGUUCCUGGAUUUGCUGCCUCGUGUCCGUUUAGCGGCGCGCGACUACUCAGAGGAUCUCAGUAAUGUCGAGAUUUCUAGGAGCUCCGGAUCUGUUGAGCACCUCUUGCACCUCGUCCGGAAGCAAAGAACUUCGAUCUCCCCGGCACUGUCUGACUUGAAGUCGCUUGAUUCACUGCUUGCUAAGGUCGCCAACCUUUGGACUGCUGACCCAUUCUCUAUCUUCAAGGCUCAUUCUGGUUUCUCAAACGGAAGAGAUGACAUCACAAGGGCUGUAGCAUGGUUAGCUCCUAUCAUCGGCUUGGCCAUCACCGUCGUGGGACUUCACGCCAAGUUCUCAGGCGUUAACUCCACAAGCGUGAUCGAGAGCCUGCAGGCUUGGAAGGACACAUUUGACCGCCUGAAAAACACCCUCAGCCACCUUCCCGAGUUGCCGGAUGGAAUUUCUUCCCGUGUGCACAAGACCACCGUUGAAGAGGCUCACACGGCCUUCGCAAGACUGAACUUUGACCUCGCCACGUGGACCGAGGAGCGCCCAGACCUGUCCUUUGUUCUUGGCCAGAUCAUCCCGUGGUCCAAGGUCAACGCCGUCGCGUACGAGUCCGACAGCCAGGACCUUGCCUUGUCCAUUGAGGAAUACGAUGCAAGCCUUAUCACCGCCGCUGACAAGAUCCUCGUCAGCAUCCAGAAACUGAACGAAGCUCCGUCGCAGAUCACCGCCCCUGGCGCGUUGUCCCGCAGCGAUGAUUUCUUCGUCCGAGCCCUCAGGGUGCUGCGCAUCGCCGACAUCUCGACUUCCCUCGAGUCUGUCCUUGACAGACUGCAGCAUCUUCAGACUCGCUCGCCUUCCAGUCUUCCGUUCGCCAUUGCCUUGACAGCGACCUUGUUGCCGAUCAUGAACAAGUUCGCACUUAUCUGCAGAGACGUGGUUGACCGCUACCUGACGGUACACAGAGAGACGUGUAAGAUGUCCUACAUUCUCGCCAAGACGUUCACGCAGAUUGCAUCGGAAGGUUUCUGUAGCCCGUCCGAGCCGUCCACGGAGGAAAGCAAGUCCGGCCAGCUGGAAAGCGGCACCGGUCUCGGCGAGGGGGAGGGAGCCGAAGACAUCAGCAAGGAUGUAGGCGACGACGAGGACUUGACGGAACUCGCCCAAGAAGACAAGCUGAAGACCGAGGACGACAUUGAGAACUCCGAAGACGCGGUCAACAUGGAUCAGGAGGAGAUGCAAGGCGAGGAGGGCGAGAGGAAGGAAGGAGACGAAGAAGACGACAAUGAAAGCGGGUCCGACGAAGAGGAUGAUAUUGACGAAGAGGUGGGCGAUGUUGAUGAUCUUGAUGCGUCGGCUGUUGAUGAGAAGAUGUGGGACGGCGAGCACGACGAUAAGCAAAAGGAGACUGAGACUCAGGAGGGCAAAGGUGCGGCCGAGAACGACGAGCAGACGGCCGCGCCUGACCAACAACCGGGUCCGGAAGGUGAAAAGGGCGAGAACAAGGAGGGUGAAGAGGAGGAAGAGGAAGAAGAUGACGAAGAGGGUGAAGAGGCCCCAGAUGAGGAGGGUGAGGCUGUGGGCCGCGAGGAUAUGGAUGUCACCGAUCCACAUGCAAAGGAAGAAGAGGCGCUUGAUCUUCCUGAGGAGAUGCAGCUGGAUGGCGAGGAGAAAGGAAACGAAGAGCCCGAGGAAGACGACGGCCUCGAUGAUGAUCUGAUGGACAAAGACCUCCCUGUGGAAGAAGAGCAGCAAAUGGAGGGAGAUGGUGGUGUCGAAGACGAGACCAUGGAACAGGACGGUGAGGAGCAGGAGAUUGAUCAGACUGAGGAGGCUGGUCCGGAUGAAGAGCUAGGCGACGCGGACCAGGCCGAGGGUAACGAAGAGGAGAAUGAGGCCGGUGAGGAGGCAGAGGAAGAAGAAAAGCAAGAAGAUGACUUCCUUGCCCAGCGCGAUGAGAACGAGGCAGCCGGCGAGGAGGUCGCCCCUAGCGAAGCUGUCAAUGGUGGACUUGGCGCCGAACAAGACCAGAACCAGGAGAAAGGCUCGUCCGGUAACGCACAACAGGAAAGCGGCUCAACCGACCCCUCCGACGAGAAGGAGCAGAAGACUGGUGCUGCGCAAGAAGGAGAUGAUAAUCAAAGACAUAACGAUGAAGGUGGCGCAAACGAUUCUAAUCCCGAGGAUCCCCAACUCCAGGCGUUCAAGAAACUGGGCGAUGUGCUCGAGCAAUGGCAUCGUCGCCAGAAAGAGAUCAUGGAUGCUUCCAAACAAGAAGACGACGAGGCCGAGUCUCGACUGCCCGAGGAUACCGAUAUGGCGGAUGCCGACUUCGAACAUCUCGCCGAUCAAGACGAUGUUGCCGACACCCAGGCCCUUGGUCAAGCCAACGAAGAACAAGCCAAGGGCCUCGACCAGAACAAGGGCGUUGAGUCAGAUGUCAAGCCUGAUGAGAACAACGAACUCCUUCCAGAUGUCACCGACGACAAUAUCCAGGAUCUCCCUGAGAACCGUCUGGAGGACGAGAUGCAACUCGACCAGGGAGGUGUCCCCAAUGAGUCACAGGCGGCCGGUGCCUUCAUUCCUGGAAGCCUUCAGAACCAGGAGCAGGCAGAUGCCACUGCAGGCCAGGAGGCAGCCGACGAGGAACUCGAUGAGGUCGACGCGCACCUGGCUGCAAUCCACCUAUCCUCCACCCUGCCCCCGCUCACGCCACGGGACGAAGCUCAGCGACUCUGGUCAUACUACGAGUCCGCGACGACCGAUCUCUCCCUGUCGCUGACGGAACAGCUCCGCCUCAUCCUGGCGCCCACGCUCGCGACCAAGCUCCGCGGCGACUUCCGUACGGGCAAGCGGCUCAACAUCAAGCGGAUCAUCCCGUACAUCGCCUCACAGUACAAGCGGGACAAGAUCUGGAUGCGGCGGUCGAUCCCGUCGAAGCGCAACUAUCAGAUCAUGCUGGCGGUCGACGACAGUAAAUCCAUGCUGGAGAGCGGCAGCGGGCAGCUGGCAUUCGAGACGCUGGCGCUCGUGGCCAAAAGUCUGAGCAUGCUCGAGGCGGGCGACCUGUGCGUGCUUGGCUUCGGCAGCGAGGACCACGUGCGGGUGGCGCACGAGUUCGGCAAGCCGUUCUCCUCUGAGGCCGGCACGCAGGUCUUCCAGCACUUCAGCUACCAGCAGACGGGCACCAACGUGCGCAAGCUGAUCGCCGACUCUAUCGCCUUGUUCCGCGAGGCCCGCUGGAAGCAGUCGCCCGGCGGCGGCAACGCUGACCUUUGGCAGCUCGAACUGAUUAUCUCCGACGGCAUCUGCGAGGACCACGACACCAUCCGGCGCCUGGUGCGCCAGGCCCAGGAGGAGCGCAUCAUGAUCGUCUUCAUCAUUGUCGACGCCGUUAAGGGCAGUUCCAUCCUCGACCUCAGCCAGGCCAGCUUCGAGCCCGACCUCGAGAGCGGCAGCGGCGAGAUGAAGCUGAAGAUGAAGAGAUACCUGGAGGGAUUCCCGUUCCCGUACUAUCUGGUGGUGCGCGAUGUGCGCGAGCUCCCUGCCGUUCUGGCGACGGCGUUGAAGCAGUGGUUUGCUGAGGUGGUGGAUGUUUCUUCUUAA